CUCGGAGAUCGCACGGGACUGUGCCGACAAGGAUGGCGGUGGACGAAGCGGCCUACAAGAAGGCCAAGGAGCUCUUUGUCAGUGGGCACAAUGGAACCAGCGUGGGUGAGGUAGCGCUCGUGCUAUCGGUGCUAUCGACAAGUCUGUGGUUUUACUGCGAACUCAUGUUUGUCAUCGAGAACUUGGGUCUACUUGGAAAGAGCAAGCUACUGCGCACGAUGUCCGUGCUUGUGCUCGAGUUUGCCCUGCUCGUGCUGCCGAUUUUGAUCUCGUUCACCUUCACCGAAUGGACGCUUCCCAUCACCCUUGUAUUUGCUGUCGGUGCGGUGGCCCUUGGCACACUGUCACAUCGCCAUGCAACCGAGGCGGACAAGAAACUCGCGCGCAAGGACAAGUUGACGUUUCUCAUGUCCAGUGAGAAGCCUGCCGUGACGUGCUUUCGUGCGCAAAUGAUGACCUGCACGUGUGUGGCGAUCUUGGCGGUGGACUUCACCAUCUUCCCGCGUCGUUUUGCGAAGACGGAAACGUUCGGCGUCAGCUUGAUGGACAGCGGCGUGGGGCUUUUCAUCAUGUCGUCGGCCCUGACGUCGGCGUACGCGCGCGGCACCGUCGCCAAGCGAGCAUCCUCCUCGCUAUCUUUGCGUGCACUUUGGCUCUUCUUCCGCCCGAUGCUGCCCGUCCUGGUCCUCGGGGUCGUCCGCUACGUGUCGGUGAAGAAAGUUAACUACCAGGAACACGUGACUGAAUACGGCGUCCACUGGAACUUCUACUUUACGUUGGCGAGCUUGUACUUUACCUUUUCAAUCUUGGCACUGUUUGGGUCGUACGCGACUUCAGUUCCGGUCGCGUUGGUCCUUCUGGCAGGGUACCAAGUCGGGCUAACAAAAUUUGGCAUUCAAGACUAUAUAUUCAACGCCCCUCGCGUCGAUUUGUUCAGCCAGAACCGCGAAGGCAUCUUCAGCCUCUGCGGGUACUUGCCACUGUACUUGCUAUCGGUCGCGAUCGGCCAAGUGAUUUUCUCCAAGACAAACGCCAACUCGCGCCACGUUGUUCGAGGCGAUCGCUGGAUGAUCGCCAAACUGUUUAUGAUCGGCUUUACAGCGUGGGGAGUGUCGGACUUGGUGUCCACGCACCUGACUCGCCCGUCGCGACGCUUGAUCAACAUCCCGUACGUGGGCUGGAUUGUAUGGCAAGGCGUCGUCGUACUCACCACGCAUGCUGCGUACUUUCACCUCUGCAUGGCCCCGCGGGUCCCGUUGAUCUUUGCAGGCAUCUCGCGCAACCAACUGUUUGUGUUUUUGGUGGCCAACUUGAUGACGGGUGCGGUCAACUUGUCGAUGCAAACGCUGUACGCGACGCCGGCGGUCGGCUUUGGCAUCAUGGUCGUGUACCUGUUUGCCGUCAGCGUCGUCGCCGCGGUCCUCGACCAUUUCCAGAUCAAAGUCAAGUUGUAAUGCAAGUCAGGUUGGGAUGAUUCAAUUCAAGUAUGCUGCUAGUACACACGCCGCCACGACCGCUUGCACCGCGUCAAAGUACAUGCCAUACUUGCUCGCAGUGGCCAAGAGGUUCGAGGUCGGGAUUUUCACUCCGCUGUUGGCCAAUUCGUCGGCGGCUGAAGGAAGAGCCAACACCCGGCGACGGCCUGCUGCCCGCUUUGCUGCCAUCUUUCGUCGAAUAUAUGGUCGGAUGACGGAAAUCGCAGCGUGCCACGUAGCAAAUUCGUGCGAUCGAAUGGCCCGUCGCACAAAGAACGAUCGGCGAACCGAUUCUUCUUCGUAGCUGAUGAACAUGCCGAGGGAGAGCGUGAUCCCCACGUAGGUGCAGUACUCGAGGAAGUGAUACGGCACGAGAACGCUGCAGAUGACUCCAAACACAACACACACCACGGCCGUCGACACCGUGGCAAAUACAAACCUACGACAAGCGUGGGUUAUGUCACUCCAGUCUGUGCAUGG